GCAAUUUUUUUCUCAAUUUAAACUCUUGCAUUACAAGUGUUUCUAGUGCUUAUGUGUCAACUACCUUAUUUAUAUGCUGUGGAAAGCAUUUGGAACUUCCAAGCUACUUGAUCCUUGAAUCUUCUUAGACAUUCAAUAUACUUCAAAACCCCAAGGAGUCUGAUACACCUAUCAAUUUAUAUAACAUUAACUCUGGGUUGAAUACAAACCUUUCUUCAUCAGACCAUCUUCAAUCUCCUCGGUUGAACACUCUAUCAUGGUAAAUUGUUUGAGCCAGGUCCUCGACGACAUGAAACUCGAAGAUGGCAGGCCAGAUGUCCAGUUGCGCGCAUCAGCCAUACAACAUUUCCUCAAGAGCUCAACCUUGACAUUCGGAGAAUUGCGAUUAUUCAAAGCGCAUUUUGAUGGAAUUAAUCUUCAUCAUGAUGGCAUCGUCCGACUGCCAGACGAGCUUCUUGCUAAUGCCAUGGAGCAUCUCGAUCUCGAGGAUUUUAUGUCUAUGCGUUGCGUUUCGAAGGACUGGAGAGAAAAAUUAUCCAACGAAAAACUUUGCGCGUCACUACUCAAGGUACACUUCCGUAAAGAUUGGGAAGUCAUGUUUAGGUCAUCAGGAGACAAUGACAGACAGCUGAAGCUUGAUAUCUUCAUUGAACUGUGUACGGGACGACUUAAGAGAGACCGUGGCAUGUAUGAUCAAGUAAUGCACUACGAUUAUUUGUCAGACCCAGACGAGGACAGGUUCUAUUCAGAAUGGUGCCACGAAACUUGUUAUAGAAAAAGGUUUCAAUAUAAAAGCGGAAGAAUAGCAAUGAGAAAGGAUCCUACCACCAUUCAAGUCAACAAUCUCAGGACACAUGUUUCAAGACGCUAUGUGCAUGAGUCUCGAUAUAAAUUUGAUAACUGGUUCCUCUCAAAUCAAAUGCUCGUAGCCUAUUUUGACAAACCAAAACCACGACUCAAUGUAUGGCAGCUUGAUGAAGAAGAUGACCCGAGAGUUAUUCAUCUAGACUGUCGUUAUUCGAUAUUGGCCACCCAUAACAAAGAAAUUGCUUUCUCUGCCACGAAACCUUCUGCGGACCGCUCUGUUUACGUCUGGAAUGAUGGUCAUAUCAAAAAGCUUGCCCAUCCGGAAUUCAGCGAUUCGUUUCCCGAUCAUAAGGUUAAGUUCUGCAAAAUCUUCUUCCAUCCCACUAAAGAGAAUCAUCAUUUCUUAUUCUAUCAUGCCUUUUGUUGGCCUUUUGGUGGGACUUCACGCGAAGCCGGACACGAUGUAAUCAUUGUUCAGGAAUACAUCGCAGGAGUACCAUAUGGGCAGUGGCAUGAAGUGCUUGUAUCCUGCUUCACGAGAAAUAGGCUCGCGUUCGAAACUAUUAGCGACGAUGGCCUUGUUGCAAUUCUACCACGAAUGAUUGCCUCGCCAGAAAGAAUAGCUUCCCUUGAUUUGCAACGACCACCUUGUAACCAUGCUAUGCCAUCAGCUACAAAGGCCGGUGCUUACAUCUUCGCGACCUUCAACAUCAUAAGGCAAGAGUUUGGAACGAUUUCAAAUCACCUGGAGCAGUUUAUGGAUAUCUACCCUCAACGUAUAAGCCCGCUGUUUUGGCGUGGCCAGGGUUACAUUCCAUACGAUAUUAGAAAUCCGGGCACCGACGCCGAACGUAGGAGGCCCGAGAAACACGAUAGACCUUAUGUUCUCGUAUCCGCCAGCAUCUGCGAUGCAACGAAGAAACAUCUCCAAUGUGUGGGAAAACACAGCUUUACUCCAGAAAGCGGUUUGAGCGCCUUGGCAGCCUUUUGUUUGCCCAUCGACAUACAAGCGACUACAACCUCAAAUGAAUUUGAAAAGGGAUUUAUGUGGGGCGAUGAUGAAUUUAUCAUCUUCAGUCACUCCAAAGGAUACAUCGUAUGGAGUUUCAACCAGAAGAAAUCGUUACCCAUGCCCGUCUCUCUGGGCAGAGGAGAAUCCACCCAAGGAAGUGGGAAUCGAAUGAACUCGAAUCAUUAUUGCACGGAUUCUUUAGAAUAAAUGAUGAGAGUUGCAAUGAGAAUAUCUCUUUGGCAAUUGACACCUCGUCUUCGUUCUCAAUACCUUCUUUUUUUUUUUUUCUUCUUUUUUUUCA